GGCUGAUUUUCACGGGUUAAUAAGACGAAGGAACCACCGUUGCGAAAACUCGCCGGAAGAUAUGGCGGACCAGAUGGAGCCCAAAGGAGAGAAGAAGUACAAGUAUAGCAUAAUCAUUCCUACAUACAACGAGCGCCUCAACAUCGCUAUCAUAGUCUACCUGAUUUUCAAGCAUCUCCGGGACGUUGAUUUUGAGAUAAUUGUUGUGGAUGAUGGGAGUCCUGAUGGCACACAGGAAAUUGUCAAGCAACUGCAGCAAUUGUAUGGUGAAGACCGUAUCCUUUUAAGAGCUAGAGCCAAGAAGCUUGGUCUGGGAACUGCAUAUAUUCAUGGUUUGAAGCAUGCUACGGGUGAUUUCGUCGUAAUCAUGGAUGCUGAUCUUUCACAUCAUCCAAAAUACUUACCAAGUUUCAUCAAGAAACAACUAGAGACAAAUGCAAGUAUAGUAACCGGUACACGAUAUGUAAAAGGUGGUGGUGUACACGGGUGGAAUCUUAUGCGGAAACUCACUAGUAGAGGAGCAAAUGUGCUAGCUCAAACACUUUUAUGGCCCGGUGUAUCGGAUUUAACAGGAUCAUUCCGGCUAUACAAGAAAUCGGUGCUUGAAGACGUGAUUAGCUCAUGUGUGAGUAAAGGGUAUGUCUUUCAGAUGGAAAUGAUUGUUCGUGCAACCAGAAAAGGAUACCAUAUUGAAGAGGUACCGAUCACUUUUGUUGACAGAGUUUUUGGAACUUCGAAGCUCGGAGGAUCUGAAAUAGUGGAAUAUCUAAAAGGCCUUGUCUAUCUUCUGCUCACGACUUAGAGACACCAAGCAACUCAACAACACAUGUGUCUCUCGUUAUAGUUUUAUUGCAUCAUAGAUUCUCUUAACAUUUGAACUCUGAUCAUGUCUUUUAGAAACUUCACUUUAGCUUUUUUGACUUCCGAGAGUUACAUCUUUUGAGACUCAAAAGUUCAUAUUACAGACGUUGUUCAUUUUGAAUACUGAGUUGAGAUAUCUUACAUUUGAUAAUCAAAUUACCUUAACCAA